CAAAGUUCUGACAGCAGUGUUGGAGCUGAAGGGGGCAACAGAGGGUAGCGAAGUAUUUAUACUAAACAAAGUCGUUUACUGUACUUACAGGGUAUAGGCAUCGUGCGCCGUAUCUGCAUUAACUUAAUUAUUGGUCCUGUUGGUGUUGCUUCUUUUGAGCAUUUUAAAGAACACGGCUUUGCCCUGUGUUAAGAAAAUCUCGCUGUUGAAAGCUGCUGCUGCUUGUUUAGAACAAGCUUUCGAACUGGAACAAGUGCAUUUCUUUUUGCACUGUAUAACAAUUAUAUUUUUUUAUUUUUUAAUUAUAAUAAUAAUAAUUAUUUUUUAAUGCUAAUUGGACUUCGACAUGCUGCCGAGUCCUUGUGUGUGCCGUUAAAUACUACUGGUUAUUUAUCUUAAAUCAUUUUCCAAAAGUUUCCGAAACUAAAACUUCUACUUCUGUUAUUUUUUUAAAAAGGUGAUAUUGUUUGUAUUACGUUUCGACGUAUCGUACUGUAAAACAAAUAUUUUAUAAGAAUUUUUACCGGGUUAUUUAUUUUUUAGUUACAAGCAUGUGCAUUUUUACAACUUUGCUGUCAUAAGCUAGAAAGAGUUGUUUCAGGUGUCGUCUCGCUUUUUUUUUUUUUUUUUUUUUUUUUUUUUAAUAACCUUUUGUAGGUUUAUGUGUAGCUACAGUUUAGUUUCAGAUAUCCUUAUAACUACACGGGCCAGUAUGAACAUCGUUGCGGAGUUUUUUUUUGUUACUUUAAAAGUGCUCUGGGCUUUCGUGCUAGCUGGGGUAAAGUGGCUAGUCCGCCCCAAAGAAAAGAGUGUUGCGGGCCAGGUCUGCCUGAUCACAGGGGCAGGCAGCGGGCUGGGGCGACUCUUUGCUAAGGAGUUCGCCAGGCAGAGAGCGGUUCUGGUGCUGUGGGAUAUCAACAGCCAAGGCAACGAGGAGACGGCGGAGAUGGUCCGACAAAUCUACCGGGAGAUGGACAGCACUCUGCCCACAGAAGAUGGUGUGGCAGAGGUCCCUCCAUUCCAGCCUCAGGUGUACACAUAUGUUUGUGAUGUGGGUAAACGCGAGAGCGUGUACCUGACCGCGGAGAAGGUGCGAAGGGAGGUGGGUGACGUUGAUGUCCUAAUUAACAACGCAGGAGUGGUGUCCGGUCACCACCUUCUCGAGUGCCCCGACGAGCUGAUCGAGAGGACAAUGAUGGUAAACUGUCAUGCCCAUUUCUGGACCACCAAGGCAUUCCUUCCCAAAAUGCUGGAGAUGAACCAUGGACAUAUUGUAACGGUUGCCAGUUCACUUGGAUUGUUCAGCACGGCUGGUGUAGAGGAUUACUGUGCAAGUAAAUUUGGUGCUGUUGGAUUUCAUGAAUCAUUAAGUCAUGAGCUGAAGGCUACUGAAAAGGAUGGCAUUAAAAUGACCUUGGUCUGUCCAUACCUUGUAGACACUGACAUGUUCCGAGGCUGCAGAAUCCGAAAAGAAAUUGAACCUUUCCUUCCACCACUGAAGUCUGAGUACUGUGUAAAACAAGCCAUGCGGGCGAUCCUCACGGAUCAGGCCAUGAUCUGCACACCUCGACUCAUGUACAUGGUCAACUUCAUGAAAAGCAUCCUGCCUUUUGAAGCAGUUGUGUGUAUGUAUCGUUUUCUGGGAGCAGAUAAAUGUAUGUAUCCAUUCAUCGCUCAAAGAAAACAGGCAAUGAACAAUAAUGAAGCUAAAAACUGAAUCUAGACGACUGGUGUUCCUAACAGGAGCAGAGGGGUAAACCACUGAAGGACUGUUAUCAGAGACUGAACCAUUACCAGUGCACUUGCAUUGGACAGAUGCAAAGGUUUACUAUAUUCUCCUGGGGUGGGGGAAGCUGUGUAUUACACUAGUGUUUUUUUGUUUUGUUGUUGUUUCUGGUUUUGUAUAAGAAACUUACCUUUUUAUUAUAUACUGUAAACUUAUUAGUUGACAAAAGUUUGGAAAUUAUGCAAACAAAUUGUUAUUCAAAGGUAUGUUAAAUGUUAUUUACUUAGUGUAGUCACCAGCACAUUUUUUUUGUAGUGUGUCUGUGGUAAUAUACAGUAUGUUACUGUAUAAAUCGGUCUAGUCACUUUAGUUUUUGUAGACAUGCACUGUAAUUACUGUUUUCUUCACUGCCACAAAUGAUGUGAGAAUUGUUCAAUGCCAAGCAUGUUGCUACUUCUGCUUUGUAUACUGCAAAAUGGAUCAUCCGUAGCCAAAAAUACUACAAUUUAUUUUAUUUUUUACUUUAUUGACACAAUAAGCUGGAACACUUAAACCUAAAAAUGUAUCAAACAAACAAACCCCUGACCAUUGCACUGCAGCAAGGACAAUUUUUUUUUUUAUGUUUUAAUAUAUGUAAAACUAAGCAUUGAAAGGACAUUUUGGUAGAGGUCUAUCAAAGGUUUAUUUUGCUUUCAUCAGCAAGCAUCCUUUUACUUUUAUAUCCCUACAGUAAUCUAUACAAUUAAAUAUUCCUGUCCCUGUUGAAAAUGUGCUGCUGUAUUUAGGAGGUCGGGCAUUUGAUGCUAAGGUUCUAACAUUCCUUUUGCUGAAAGUUUGGCCCUGCAAGGAAAACUUGCAAGCAUUGUGCAUGCGUCUGUCAAAUCAAAUCUGCAGUAUUGAAGCCUACAGCUCUGCUGAUGUGUGCCUGGGGUAGGUGGGAUGAAAUGUAUAGAUCUUGGAUGAAUAUCCUAAUAAGAUUUUAAGCAACUUUGAACAUUUAAUUUAUUUUGCUGCUGUUUUGUAGAGCAUAAGUUUACAGUUCAUGCAUUGGCCUCCUUAACCUGUGUUCAGUACAAAAAACUAAAUGUUUAAUCUGUCUUGUUUUGGUUGUUGAUAUGGUCAAGGUAUCUUGUUAUGGUUCAAUGCCCCAGUCUUUCACCUCAAAGGCUCUGGAUGUGAACUUAAGGUAUAAGUCAGUAGUGAUACAUUUUCAGAUCUUUUCAUUUUAGACAAUCACUAGUUUAGACUGAGUUCCCUUCUGAUCAUGGGAGAUGCCGAUCUGACAAAAAAGGGCCUUUGCCACUAGCCCUGUCAAUCCAUUAUGUACAAGUAAUUUCCAAAAAACAUUGAAAUUAUAAUUAAAGAUUUGCCCCCAAGGACCCUUCAAGACACUAGAAAAUUACAUAAAAAUCCAUAUAUAUAUAUAUAUAGAUAUUAUUUCGCAGUAUUGUAUUAGUCUUGUGUUUUGUCUGUCCUAUUAGUUGUUGAUACAAAACUCUUUGUAGGAAGUGACAGUAAGUUUAUACUCAAUGAAAAUGUGAAUUGUUUUAAUAUGCCAAUAUUGUUUGAACCGUCUGUGGGGUUACCCAUGAAAUAGCAAUGUGAAACUUGAUCUAAAGAUAACUUGUUAUCCACUGUCUGUACCAGGAGAGUUAAUAAAAUGUUUUCAAAUAUUGGCAUGCUUUUAUGAAACCACAAAACCCACCAGAACUGUAACUUCUUUCCAAUAAUACUGAUGUAUUCCUUUUUUUCCCAUUCAUUGAGUCAAGAGCCUAAAAUUCUACCUCUAUCAAUCUGUAGGCCAUUCAUUUACAGUAAGAUAUUGUAAGUCUCCUUUUUGUAAUUGUUAACUUUGUAGGGACUGCUCUUUUAGCAGAGCACUAUAUGUGGUUGUUUAAAUGUUUAGUGAAUCAACCUAACUUAAAUUAAUAAAAAUAAUUUAGACAGACA